GUGAAACUGUAACUUGCGAAUUACCUUAAGGUCCUGUCAGCUAGUUAAGACCAUAAAAAGUUGUAACUUCAAUCGUUUUACCAGAUCCACUCAAAAUUAUUAGUGAGAAUCUACUGUUUCUAUUUUACAUACUAUAACGAGAAAAUACAUGUUUUUAACUCUAUAUUAAUAUUUAAAUAUUUAGAUACGUGUAGUUUUAGAAUAAUGCGUUUGCAAGACCCGACACUAUCCAUUUCCGGAAGUGGAAGCGGGCUAUUAGAAACUGAAGUUGUUUGCUGACAGUAUGCUGCAAAGCGGUAUGUUGGUUGCCAUGCAGGUGUUAAUAAAACAGUCAUAUCAGGAUCAGACAUUCAAAUAAUCGUUUCGGUUUAAAAUAUGUUGUGUUGAAUUGCAAAGCGGUGUUUUUAAGUAGCAUGUCGCUGCUAAAUGCGGUGGAUGAAGCCCUCCGGUUAACCCGGGUGGAGGAGGCCAAGAUCAACGAGAGCAUCCGUCAGUUAAGAGCGAUUCUGUUUUCCAUGAAAGCAGAACCAAAGGAAGCCCCCGAGGAGCAGGUGCCAUCAACUGAUAAUGAGGAAGGCGUGCUGCCAGAGGAGAGAGAGGAAAUGGAACUACUGGAACGAGUGCUGCAGAGAGCACUACGAGUUCGCUGUAGACCAGGGGCCCUCGGGGGCCCUGAGACGGCGGGAAGGGGUGACGAAGGUGUGCUGGGAAGCAAUCAGGCCAAAAGUGACGGUUCAGCCAGUCGGACGGCCUGCAAACCUGCCUGCAAACCCAGCGUGGGCCGGACGGCAUCCCGGAGGUCUGCUUCGGCUUCGGGGCCCUCCAAAGAGGCGCGGGGAGGAUCGGGCCAUCGUGCUGGUCGGGGUCGAGGCGGCACGGCCCGAAUCUCUGCCCGGAAUCGAACGGUUGCUCCAGGGAGGGCGGCGCUCCCUCGACGCCCGGGCACAGGGUGGCAGUCUGCUCCAGCACCUGCCCCGGGGGAGCACCGCCACCCCCAGGCUUCAUUAGCAGGGGCCCAACAGAGGGCAACCCAGAGAGGCCUUUGCUCUGAAGAUUCGGACAUGAGACAGGACUCUGCCGAGGACCUGAUGCCAGUGAUGUGCUUGGCGGGGACCGAUGCGGGGGACAGAAGUCUCUCAACCACGAAAGGAGUCGGGAAACCAUCUGUGCCACCUUCUGUCUGGAGAGCACAUAGGACCAAGCACGAGAGAUUGUGGGACAAGGUUUUGGCAACGGCAUCGAAACCUGUGGAAGAGAAGGCCCGGUUCACCGAGAGGUUACUCAGCACUUUUCCCUGCAAGGUUCCCGCAUGCAGCCCAGCAGACACCAGAGCGGAGGUGGAGAGGCUGACCCAGCUCUGCCGCGCGCUGACUCACUGCCUCCAUGGAGAGGCGCUGGCUCACAGGACGGGCAGCCAGCCAGGGACAGGUGCAUGCUGGGAGUUGGAGUACGAGUGCUUGCUGAUGCAGGAGGGCCUGGAAAAGGUGGUGUUGGACCUCCAGGGGAGGGUGGAGAAGCUGAAGAGAGAUGCUGAGGCGUGGGAUCGAUGGGGGCCCGGGUACUGCUGUCCCGCCCGGGGACGGGGGCGGUGGGGGGACCCUGACCUGCCCCGCACGCUUCGGUACGCCAGCGAGGCCCAGCUGGCGGAGCUGGAGGGACUGAGGCUUAGAGUGGCACAGCUGCAGCAGGAGAUUCACCUGCACCAGGCCAUGAGAGAAGCCAUGACCCCUUGUCUGACCUCCGCUUGGUCUGCCCGGGGAGGUCCUGGCGCCAGUGUGCUACGAGGCCUGUACUCCCUGCUCGGGGAAGGGGGGGCACGGUUCCCCGCCGUGGUCCUGGACACGGAGCCCGAUUAGCCGGCACAGAGCUAGCGGGAACGUCAGAAAGCAGCAAGGCCUGGAACAACAAAAUAUGUGAUUUCUUUCAAUAAACUCUUACAAUUUGUGGACCACAAUGAGAACUGAGGGACUGUCGAACCGAAGGAAUCCGUCUCUGAACUGGUUGCUUCUUUUAAUCUAACUGUGCACAUGGAGUGUUGAUACUAUUGCCUACCAAUCAGCUGGUCUGAUUUGGCUCCCUGCAUUAUGACGUCAUAAACUGGCUAAUUUUGGGAAUGAUGACUCCCAUUCCUUCUGGUGUAUUAUGACCUCAUUUCCCCCUCUCAUCAUCUGUUUUGUUUUUCUUCAACAAUGGUGACAGGAUUAUGAUUCAUUUGAACAAAUUUGAGCCUUUCUUCUACCAAAUUCUGACUUUUCUACAACUUCAACUAAUGUGAACCAAAUUCACUGUUCCUGGAGAUCACUGUGUGUGUCAUUUCACCGCGUCUUUCUGAUUUAAUUCAAUCAAAGUGCAUCAGAAUAAAAUAAUGACAAGUGAUUUGAGAGAA